UUGUUACGUAACAGCUGUUUUUUUCCUCAAGAACGACACUCUGCAGUGCAUCAGAUUUUCUCACCCAGACUGUGGCGGACCUUUCUGAGGACGAGAUGGCUUUUUUCCCGUAUUUUUCAGCGGAGACAUGGACUUUAAUCGCCAUUGUUAUUGCUCUGCUGGUGCUCUAUGGAAAUGCACCCUAUGGCUUUUUCAAGAAAAUCGGGAUCAAAGGUCCCAAACCGUUGCCGUAUAUUGGGACAUUUCUGGAGUACAGAAAGGGCAUCCACAAUUUUGAUAUGGAAUGUUUUCAAAAGUAUGGAAAAGUCUGGGGGCUUUUUGAUGGCAGACAACCCAUCAUGGCUAUAGUGGACACAAGUAUGAUUAAAACCAUCUUGGUUAAGGAGUGUUAUUCUGUCUUCACCAACAGACGGGAUCUGGGCCUAAAUGGACCUUUACGUGAUGCUGUUUCAAUCGUAGAAGAUGACCAAUGGAAGAGGAUCCGCAGUGUGCUCUCGCCGUCAUUCACAAGUGGCCGACUAAAAGAGAUGUAUGGAAUAAUGUUGCAUCACUCAAGCAAUCUGUUCAGAUGUCUUAGGAAGAAAGCAGAAGGAGAUGAGAUCAUUGAAGUCAAAGAAGUUUUUGGACCUUACAGUAUGGAUGUUGUGACCAGUACUGCAUUCAGUGUGGACAUUGACUCCAUUAACAAUCCCUCUGACCCAUUUGUCUCAAACAUUAAGAGAAUGGUCAAGUUCAACAUGUUCAAUCCCUUCCUUGUGCUUGUCGUUCUUUUUCCAUUUCUGCGACCACUGCUUGGAAAGAUGGAUGUGACACUCUUCCCAGCUGAAGUGUUGACUUUCUUCUAUAACUUCCUAAAAACGAUCAAAUCUGACCGGAACAAAAAUGAACACAAGAACCGAGUUGAUUUCAUGCAGUUGAUGGUAGAUUCUCAAAUGUCAGACUCCAGCGAAGGAGAUGCAAGCAAUCACAAAGGUCUGACUGAUAAUGAAAUCCUUUCUCAGGCCAUGAUUUUUAUCUUUGCUGGCUAUGAAACCAGUAGCAGCUCACUGUGCUUCUUAGCCUACAAUCUAGCAACACACCCUGACAUCCAAAAGGUUCUGCAAGAUGAGAUUGAUGAAACAAUUCCAGACAAGGCUAGACCAAAGUAUGAAGACCUGAUGCAGAUGGAGUACCUGGAUAUGGUAAUGAAUGAGUCCGCAAGGCUGUUUCCUAUCGCCAAUCGUCUGGAAAGGAUAGCAAAGACCUCAGUGGAAGUUGACGGAAUGACCAUUCCCAAGGAAACUAUAAUCAUGGUGCCGGUUUACGUUCUUCACCGUGACCCUUCUUUAUGGCCGCAACCUGACUCUUUCAAACCUGAAAGGUUUAGUAAAGAGAACAAAGACAACAUAGAUCCUUACGCAUACUUGCCAUUUGGAGCAGGGCCUAGGAACUGUAUUGGCAUGCGAUUCGCUCUCCUGAUGAUGAAGUUGGCUUUUGUGGAGAUCCUGCAGCACUACAGCUUUGUCACCUGCAAGGAAACGGAGAUUCCGUUGACGCUGUCAAAGGACGCAUUCACAUCACCUACGAAUCCCAUCAAACUGAAACUAGUGGCAAGGGAAGAUGCUCCAGAUUGUAUUUCAAGAGAAAUGUGAUUUUUUUUCAUAUAUUCUUUCUUUUACAAGAAUGACAUGGGACGUACGUAAUUUUGCGUCAGUAUUGACAUUAUGAUCUCAAUCAAUCAAUCAAUCAAAGGUUGAUUAUGUUCUACAUACAGUAUCUUAUGCUUAUAAGUCACAGUUACUUUAAAAAAGGAACUAAUCAAAUUAAAGUAACAGUGAAUUUAGCAUGUUUGCACGCAACUAACAACAAGCUUUAUAGUAUAUUUAGCCUGCUACAGAAAUGCUAUCUUUGACUUACAUUCCUUUGAUGCUUAUCCAAUCACAGGCUGCAGCUACCUCCACAUAUAUGCUAUGCUAUACAUAAUGUAAGCAAUGCAUGACAUAAUACAUUUAAGGUUAAAGACAGUUAAAAGAAAAUGGAAGAUGAUUACUGUUUUUCUGUAAAUGAGAUAGAACUACAAUAAAAACAGACUGUGUUUCAA